GUAGAUAAUCUUUUCAAAACAUUAGCGCUAAUCUCUAAUGUUAUUUCUAAAGAGCCCCUAAUAUUCCGUUCUUUAAAGGUGAAAGGCAAGUAGAAUUAAAAACAGGAAAGUGUUAUUUAGGUAAAUUUUUUGUGGCUGCUAUAAAUUUACCACAUACGGCCAGUACUUCUCCACAGUAAAAAAAAUGGCAACAAUUAAACUAUUGCCUUAUUUUUAUCUUGUCAUCAUCUUCUUCCUCCCCCAUUCAUUCAUGUCCCUUGCGGUAAAUUCUGUUACUUCAAUGAUUUCAAAUUCACAAUCUCCGGCGACGGAGCGUGACGUCUUAUUGCAAGUGAAAUCGCAGUUUGGAAACCCGCCGUCACUUGGAGGGUGGAGCGAGAAUACCUCCUCCGCCUCUUCUCCGUGCAGCUGGCCGGGGAUAACCUGCUCCGGCGACGGGUCGGUCACCGGAAUAUCCCUCUACAACUUCAACAUUACCUCCGAAAUUCCGAGUGAAAUCUGCGAUCUUAGGAACCUCACCACGCUCGAUCUUUCCGACAAUUACAUUCCCGGCGAAUUCCCGACGUUCCUGUUCAAUUGUUCGAAGCUACAGUACCUGGACCUCUCUUCCAACUACUUCGUGGGCCCAAUUCCUACCGACAUCGAUCGGCUCCGGCUUCUCCGGUACCUGAACCUCGGCGCAAACAAUUUCACCGGCGACAUCCCGCGCGCCGUCGGGAACUUGUCGGAGCUGCGGGAUCUGAAGCUGUCUGCCAAUCUGUUCAACGGCACCUUCCCAGUAGAAAUCGGAAAUCUGUCAAAUCUCGAAACCCUAGAAAUGGCGUACAACUACUUCUCGCCGUCCCGGAUCCCGGAGGAGUUCGGUAACCUGAAGAAGCUCAAUUUCAGCUGGUGGGCGUCGACGAAUUUGAUCGGAGAAAUUCCCAAAAGCUUCGAGAAUUUGUGGAACAUGGAGCAAUUGGAUUUGGCCAUGAACCAUUUAGAUGGUGAAAUCCCUCGAGGAUUGUUUCUGCUCCCAAAACUCAAGAACCUAUAUUUGUAUAAUAACCAGCUUUCCUGUUCAAUUCCAUCCGAUUUCGCCGAGAAUUCUACACUGGUCGAGGUGGAUUUUUCCGGCAACAAGUUGACCGGAGAGAUCCCGGGCGGGUUCGGAGAGUUGCAGAGACUGGAGGUUUUAGCCCUCUUUUGGAACCGGUUAUCGGGUGAAAUUCCACCCGGAAUAGGCCGAAUCCCAUCUCUGAAACAAUUCAAAGUUUUCACUAAUAAUCUGAGUGGGAUUUUGCCACCUGAGAUGGGGCUUCAUUCCAAACUCGAAGGAAUGGAAGUCAGUGAUAAUAGACUCGCCGGAACAUUGCCGGAAAAUUUAUGCGCCGGCAAUGCCCUGCGCGGCUUAGUAGUGUUUAAUAACAACUUAACGGGAGAAAUCCCACGAUCGCUUGAGAACUGUGACACCUUGGAAACUAUUCAGCUUUAUAAUAACCAUAUGACAGGGAAGGUUCAGCCAUGGCUAUGGACACUGAAGAGCAUGGCGAGGGUGUUGAUCAGCAACAACUCAUUCUCCGGCGAGUUUCCCGGUAAGAUGGCCGGGAAUUUGACCCGGUUAGAGAUCGACAACAACCGGUUUUCGGGGGAAAUCCCGACCCGCGGAGUUUCAUCAUCACUGGGUAGCAUUGUCGUGCUCCACGCCAGUAACAAUCUGAUCUCCGGUCGGAUCCCGGAAGAGUUCACUGCCCUCUCUAAGCUCACCGAGCUGAAGCUCGACGGAAACUCGCUUUCCGGCGAACUCCCAGACAAGAUCUUGUCCUGGAAACGGUUGACUGUGUUAAACAUUGCAAGAAACAAUGUUUCUGGGGAAAUCCCAAAAGCCCUUUCAUUACUGUCCAACCUUCUUGUUCUUGACAUGUCACAAAACCAGCUCUCUGGGGCCAUUCCACUUGAAUUAGGACAUCUGAGGUUCACUGACCUUAAUCUCUCCUCCAACAGGCUCUCUGGGGAAAUCCCACCUCAGUUUGACAAUGUGGCAUUUGAGAACAGUUUCUUGAACAAUCCCGAUCUCUGCGGCGACACCUUGAAGCUCCUCCAAUGUCGUGUCCCGAAACACCAUCGCGUUCAGCGAUGGGUUGUCGUGGUGGUUCCGGUCGCUUCUUUCGUUGUUUUCGCCAUUGUUGUUGCACUGGUCAUGGUUAAGGUUAGAGGGUGCAAGGAGAGGGAGAAGAACAACAGUGAUGUCAUGGAAGUGAAGCUCUUUGCAUGAGCUAUACAGUAACAGCAAUGUGGAUGUCUCAAUUAAAGAUUAGUUUUUCCCCAUGAUCUAGGGAAACCAUCAUUCUUGAUUUUUAUGUUGAUCAUAUAAAGUGGGGAAUUGUAU